AUGGGCGUCGACGUUGGCUUCGACAUGGUUCCUCGUCUAUCCAACGGGAUCGUCGAUAGACACAACUGGGACCGCUUCAUCAACUUCAUCAAAGAAUGUUACAAAGAUGACGACCAGGUCGAGAUCAAACCGAACUACUUUCUUUUCAAAGUGGGAGAACACCCCAUGCUCCCUUUUGAGGGCCACAAGUUCCUCCGUUUCAGCUCAAAGAUUACUUGGAAUAUCGGAAGCUAUAUCGAUCGUGUUACUAGUAUUGCAAGAGCCCAUUUCGGCUCCCGCGUCCGAGUCUGGGAUGAGAGCGCCUACCAAUCUGGUCACUAUGAUUGGCACGAAGUCCACGAGUCACUCAGAUCCUAUGAGCAGACAGACGAGGCCGAGAUCCACGAUAGCACCGAUCCUAGGAAAGAACUUGGCCUACCCCUUUUCGAAAUCAAGGACAUCCCGGGCAAGGGGAAAGGCCUCAUCGCCCUAUCCAACAUACCUCAAGGCACUCGGAUCCUUUGUGAGAAGCCGAUUCUCACAGCUGGACCCAUGCCACCCGAUGCGUUGGACCGAGUCCUCGCUGGAAAGCUCAAAGCGCUGUCUAAAGUGGAGCAACGACAGUUCUUAUCCCUCCACAACAACCACCCAGGAAAGUAUCCGUUCCGUGGUAUUUUCAAGACAAACGCUCUGCCGUGCGGGCCUGGGUCGUCUGUGGGCGGAGUCUACCCCAUGUCGUGCUUCAUAAAUCAUAGCUGCCUCCCAAAUUCGCACAACAACUGGAAUGCAGCUGCAGAACACGAAACCACCCACGCGAUCCGACCGAUCAAAAUUGGCGAAGAGGUCACCAUAUCGUAUGAUCGAGGUGGCCCAUCUACUGUUCGGCAGGACUUUUUAAAGAAAGCGUUCGGUUUCCAUUGCAACUGUAGCGGAUGCACGCUUCCGCCUUCCGAGCUCCAAGCUAGUGAUACCCGCCGUCUAUUGAUCCAGGACCUUGAUAACAGUAUUGGCGACUUAGACCGCAUGGCAACUAGCCCGGAAAAGAGUCUAGAGGACUGCCGUUUGUUGCUUCAAGCCUUGAAAGAUGAAUUCAACGGAUAUGCUGGGGCGUCCAUUGCCAGGUUUUAUUACGAUGCUUUCCAAAUCAGUAUCGCGCACGGCGACCAGGCUCGGGCAAGUGUAUUUGCAGAGAGAGCGUAUGAAGCGAGGGUCAUCUGCGAGGGUGAAGAUAGCCCCUCGACGCAACGUGCACAUUCCCUUGCAUUAAGGCCACCGGACCAUUUUAGCUUUGGAUUGUAUUCUAUGAAGUGGAAGACGACGAGAGAAGAUAUACCGAAGGCUCUGACUACAGCACAAUUCGAGAAGUGGUUGUUUAGAGAGCAAAGCUGA